AUGCCAGUCAUCAGAGACUUUACCCUCCCAGCCAACGUCGGGCUCCUCGAGUUACCCGAAGGCCCAAACGCAAAGUUUUACGUGGCUUUCUAUUCAGGAAAUGAUGCCACCACCAAGCAGCCAUGGUGCCCCGAUGUCCGUGCCGCUAUUCCUCAUAUCGAGGCUGCCUUUUCCGCACAGGAUGCCCCAACAGUGGCCAUUGUUUCAGUUGGCGAGAAACCCGAAUGGAAAGACCCCAAGAAUGCCUACCGCACCACUUGGAAUGUCCAAAAUAUUCCAGCUUUGUUGCGGGUGGAGCGUGUCGAUGGGAAGGUUUCGCAGACAGGGAAAUUAGUCGAGGGCGAGAUUACAGACCAGGCUAAGCUUGCUGCUUUCCUUGCUUGA